ACAGAGUGGCUGCGCUAAUUACAGGAAAUAACACAUGUGCAAUGUGCUUUGCAACAAGUGAUUUGCAAACUUUUAACGACAGAGCACAGCUAACAUGGGAAAAAAGGGUUGUGUUUUUUUACAUAAGAAGCCAGUAUAUAUACACAUAUACAACUGAAACAAAGGUUUCACAAAAAUAAUACUUACCUCAUUACUAGAGAUUACGUGGCAUUUUCUAUUUUAUUUCGUUUCUUAAAGUGCUACUUCGAUUCACUACAUUGAUUUCACGACUCCUAAUGGGGCGUUACACCGUUUUUUUAAAAAAGUGGAAACCACACAGUUGUCAGUUAUUACAGUAUGAUCCUCAGGGAUGGUCUGACAACUGGGAAUCUUCACUACCAGGGCAACAAAGGACGAGGUCAAGGUUAUUAGGUCAAACCCUCAAGAGCCCUGUUGCCAAGGAAACGGCUUGGCCAGGCGAGCGUCGGUUGACGCGUGCGCGCCAGUCCUGUGGAGCAGAGGAGUGGCCCACGGCCCUGUCACUCACUUCCGGCCGCAGAGCCCCGCCCACAAGCCAGGCGAGCUCGGAGGGCCUGCGUCCUCCCUGAGAUUAAGCGAAGGAGGCUGCGAUUGGAGGCUGAGGUGGUGACGUAACUUUCCGCUGUGGGUGGCCUUCCGCUCGGGCAGCUGUCGGGAGGGGCUCCGGUAAAACUUAGCGGAGCUUCCCGGUCCCUGAGCCCUUGGAAGUGCGAUGAGGUCGGUUAGCUACGUACAGCGCGUGGCCCUGGAGUUCAGCGGGAGCCUCUUCCCGCACGCCAUCUGCCUUGGAGACGUCGAUAACGACACGCUGAAUGAACUCGUGGUGGGAGACACCAGCGGGAAGCUGUUGGUGUAUAAGAAUGAUGACAGCCGGCCGUGGCUCACCUGUUCCUGCCAGGGAAUGCUCACUUGUGUCGGGGUUGGAGAUGUGUGUAAUAAAGGGAAGAACCUGGUGGUGGCUGUGAGUGCCGAGGGCUGGUUUCACUUGUGUGACCUGACGCCUGCCAAAGCCCUGGAUGCUUCUGGGCACCACGAGACCCUUGUGGGGGAGGAGCAACGUCCAGUCUUCAAGCAGCACAUCCCUGCCAACACCAAGGUCAUGCUGAUCAGCGACAUCGAUGGUGACGGCCGCUGCGAGCUGGUGCUGGGUUACACAGACCGUGUGGUCCGGGCUUUCCGCUGGGAGGAUCUGGGUGACGGCACUGAGCAUCUGAUGGGGCAGUUGGUGUCACUCAAGAAGUGGAUGCUGGAGGGUCAGGUGGACAGUCUCUCAGUGACUCCUGGUCCCCUGGGUGUUCCCGAACUGAUGGUAUCUCAGCCCGGCUGUGCUUAUGCAAUUCUGUUGUGUACCUGGAACAAGGACCCUGGGGCACCCCCCACCUCUGAGGUGCCAUCAGAGGGCACCAGGGAGACCCCAGCUGCCCGAGACGUCGUGCUACACCAGACAUCUGGCCGCAUCCACAACAAGAACGUCUCCACUCACCUUGUCGGCAACAUCAAGCGAGGCCACAGCCCUGAAAGCGGCGCCUCCGGCCUCUUUGCCCUCUGCACGCUGGAUGGUGAGUCUCCAGCCAGUCCCAAGUGUGCAGGGUGGAUGUUUGUGUACCUGGGGUCUGCUUGGGGGUUGUGUCCCCAGCCCAGCCUGCCUCUCCCCCCAGGGACGCUUAAGCUCAUGGAGCAGGCAGACAAGCUGUUGUGGUCGGUGCAGGUGGACCACCAGCUGUUCGCCCUGGAGAAACUGGACGUCACGGGCAAUGGGCAUGAGGAGGUGGUCGCCUGUGCCUGGGACGGGCAGACGUACAUCAUCGAUCACAACCGCACCGUGGUCCGUUUCCAGGUGGACGAGAACAUCCGCGCCUUCUGUACAGGUCUGUAUGCCUGCAAAGGGGGCCACAACAGCCCCUGCCUCGUGUACGUCACGUUCAACCAGAAGAUCUACGUGUACUGGGAGGUGCAGCUGGAGCGGAUGGAGUCCACCAACCUGCUGAAGCUGCUGGAGGCUGAGCCUGAGUACCGGGACCUGCUGCAGGAGCUGGGUGUGGAUCCUGACGACCUCCCAGCCGCCCGCGCCCUGCUUCACCACAGCCUCUACCAUCCGGACCAGGCGCCGCGCUGUGCUCCCACGGGCCUCCAAGGUCCCACCUAGCUGGACUGGCCCUGUUGGCUGAACAGGGGUCCUUCUGAACCCCCCCACCCCCAAGCUAGCCAUGGUAUUUGCAAGACAGGGAGUGUACCUGACAGAGGAAGGAGGGCUGCAGCCCUGGGUGACUGAACUGUAGACCCCGUGGUCCUUUUGGUGAAAGAAGAGAAAGGUCGCCCCUCUGCCUGUUUCCCUGGGUACCUUCCCGUCUCAUCAGCAGGGUCCCUGACCUUCUUCCACAUUGUCUGGUGCUGCCCCGUCCCCAGGGCCUUCCACUUUUGUUGUCCAGGAAAUAGACUUGUUUGUGAGGAAGGACUGCACGCACUUGUGUGGCCCCAACACUUGUAAGGAACAGAGUUUGGGGCCAGUAGUGCAGUAAGGGCCCCACCCCAUCCCACGUUCUGUCUUCUGAGGCGCAGCUCCAAGUCACUGCCGUCUGUGAUCAUUUCAGGAUCCGGAACUACACCUCCUCGGCCUGCAAUAGAGCUACGUCCUGAUAAACCCACUCCAAGUUGAAUCUACUGUAAACCAAACAUUCAUUGAAUUCACCUGACGUACUGAACGUCACAGCUUAGCCUCGCCCACCUUAAACAUGCUCAGACAUGUACAUCUGCCGACCAGUGGGCAGGAUCCCCUGACACAAAGCCUGCUUUAUAGGAAAGUGUUGGCUGUCUCAUGUAAUGUAUUAAUGAACACUGUCUCCUGUAAUGUACGAAUGACUGUACUGAAAGUGGACACAGAAGGUUGUCUGGGUCCGGGCUGGUUCUGAAUGUUUGAUCGGUGGUCCACCCUCCAGAUCGCAGGGCUGCCUGGGACCUGCUGCUGCCCAGCAUUGCAGGAGAGGCUCAGGCUGGAUAUCACCAGCCGCAGAAAAGAUCAAAAUUCAAAGAAUGCUUUCUACAGAAUGCAUAUCUCCUUUGCACCAUUGUAAAGUCAAAACGCUGUAAAUCAAACCAUCGUUUAAUGGGA